GCAAUGACACCGAAGAAGAAUCAAAUAUGCAGCCCAAUGAAAGAUUCUCCGAAGACGGACAGUGGAAGUGUAGAGAUCAUUUCAUAUGGACAGUAUUUUAGUCCAUUCAAAUCUGAAAUGCAUAGGGAGGUUAUUGAACAGUUUCAGAACAUAGAAAAGCAAGCUAAAAGAAAGCAUGCGCUCCUAACUUGGAAAUGGGAUGAGGUCAUUGAUAUUACCCAACGUGAAGAUUCGAAUGGUCAGAAAGAUGCUUCUAAGGCAAAACAACAAGAUGAUUUGGAGUCUGAGUUAAGUGAUACAGCAGACUCUUUGGAUAGUCCAUUGAAAAGAUCAAAGAUUCCACGUAUAUCUAAAAAUUGCAACGAUCAUGUUGGAUGGGUUGAAUUUUAAGUUUACUCAGUUUAAGUCCUGUUUGUCAUAGUCAUCUUUUAUGUUUUGCCUUUCAAGUCAGUGUUUGUUAAGGUUUGUUUGUUCAUCUAUUUUUAGUUUAAAUGUA